GUCACUUGUUAGAGAGUUACCUCCCUUUGUAAAUACUGCAGCAUGAACGUUGUCCACUAUCGUCUGUUAACAUUUGUACUGAUCAGAGUCUUUAUCCAUACAUUGUGUCUACUUUGAUCUUUUCGACAGUUACAAGAGCCCUCACCAUUGAUAAGGCCGCAUGGACAAAGACAUGAAAGAAGAAGCUGCUGCCAAACAUUGGGAUGAUUCUCAAAAUGGACGUGAGGAAAUAAUUGGUCACCAUGCAAGAACUCUCACACCUGAAGAAACAGCAAAGCUUGAUAAGGACAAGACACUCAUUUCUGAAUAUAAGCAAAGGAAGUUUGAACUGGAAGCACAAAAGAAUUGGGAUUUGUUUUAUAAACGGAACACUACCAAAUUCUUUAAGGACCGACACUGGACAAAAAGAGAGUUUUCAGAACUAAUCAGUGAAAAACAGGAUUCCGAUGUGAAGACGGUACUGGAAGUUGGUUGUGGUGUCGGCAACUUUAUUUUCCCUCUACUGGAGGAGGACAAAAACUUGUACUUUCAUGCAUGUGAUUUCUCCAAGAGAGCUGUGGAAUUUGUCAAAUCUCAUCCCCUGUACGAUGCUGCCCGCUGCAACGCCUUCCAGUGUGAUCUGACAGUUGAAGACCUCCGCGACGACGUGCCCCCAGACACUGUAGAUGCUGUGUCCAUGAUCUUUGUGUUGUCAGCUAUACACCCAGAUAAGAUGCUUGCUGCUCUUCACAAUGUCUUUAAGGUGAUUCGGCCUGGGGGGUGCAUCUUGUUCCGAGACUAUGGAUUGUAUGACUAUGCAAUGCUGAGAUUUGCCCCUGGACAUAAACUGUCCGACCACUUCUACGUGAGGCAGGAUGGAACUCGGGCAUAUUACUUUUCUAUAGAAAAUCUUGAGAAUGUGAUGACUUCCGCUGGUUUUACAGUUAGCAAGAAUGAGUAUGUCAAGCGAGAGACAGUCAACAAGAAAGAGGGAAUAUGUGUUCCUCGUAUAUUUGUUCAGGGGAAGUUUGUGAAACCUUUAGCUGCAUCUGCAGAUGCUGACAAAGAAGCUACGAUCAUAUCCACAGGCUCCCACGAUUCUCCAUCACUCGGAGAAGUAACAGACUCAUCAGACAGUUCCAGUCAACAAGUCACGUGACAUUACUUUUGUACCUCAGAAUAAAUGUAUUUGUCAA